UCUCUUUUUCUCUACCUCGUCCACUUUUGUGUGCUGGAACAAGGGCAGAGACACUCUAGACGGAUUUUACAGACAGAUCGGGGUGGACAUUCAAUUCCUCUGCUCUGAUAGCCACAGAAGAGCUCUUUUCUUUCAGCCUUAGUUCUCUGUAAGCACGUUUAUUCUCUGGGCAAACAGAAGAGCUGUGUGGCCACUGGAAUUCCAGGUCAAGGAUUCCUCCGGCAAGCAUGACUUCACCUGUGACAGGUUCAUUUCCUCUCAAGCAAUGAGACCAGUGACAUUGACUUCAAGAGGAACCAAAGACAGUAACAGAGACUUUUGUCAUUUUAGACUAUUUGGGGGAGCAUAUGAGUUCUUUUUGGACAUGAUGGGGUUGUUGUCAGUGGAUCAGAGUGUCGUUUUGGUGGUGGCCGCUCUUUUUGGGAUGUACCAGUUUGCUGAAGGGGGAUGCUCAGGAGGAAGGUGCUGUCAAGGCACAGAUUUCACCUGUGUCACUACAGACUGGAGGAUGGACCGUGUCUAUGGGACGUGUUAUUGUGAUGAGAGGUGUUUAAAGACUAAAGACUGUUGCUUUGACUACCCAACAGAGUGUCCAGCUCAGCUGUGUGUAGUGAGUGAGUGGAGUCACUGGAGCAGGUGCACUCAGCACUGCCAGCCCUCAUUCCGGGUUCGGAGACGCAGCGUUGAGAGACUGCCCCAAAACAGUGGACAGGCCUGUCCAAGGCUGGAGGAACAGGCCGGAUGCAUGGAGUAUCAGGACCGCCAGGGACAGUUUUGCGCUUCUGUGCAAGGAGCAGCAUUCAUAACAACAAUGGAGUACAGCAAAGGCAGAACACAUGAUUUGUAUGGGGCCCCAAUGGAUGCUGGUUUCUGUAUGGAGUUCAAGAUGGAGUCUCUGACACCGCAGUGCAUGGUGGAGAACAGACCCUACACGCGCUGGAUGCAGUACUUGAGGGAGGGCUACAGUGUCUGUGUGGCUUGCCAACCUCCGGCGAUGAACAACCACAGUCAGAGUUGCCAAGGAGAUGGCAACCUAGCUGAGAGGGAUGAGCUUCUACACUGGCAGGCGGUGGGAAGCCCUCGCUGCAGAGGAACAUGGAGGAAAGUGCAGAGACUACAGCACUGCUCCUGUCCACAAGUGCACAGCUUCAUUUUCAUUUAAACAUGAGAUGCUUCUUCAACCCCUUGAUAAAAUCCACUAAUGAACAAUAUAUCCUAUUAUUACAUGUUCACAAAAAACCCCCAUCACACUUUCACAUACAUUUAUUAUGUUGUUUGUUUUGUUGAGAUUAAUUUAUCUUGCCAUUUCUGCACCCUUGUAAUAUUUUUUUGUAUUCAGUUAUUUUUGAUUUCAUGUCUGAAGAGUGACAUUAUUAUUAUGUUAUAUUUUUUCAGGUUGGAUGAGAUAAAGGGGUUAAAAAUCAUUCAUUUGAAAUAUUAGAAUAACAAAUAUUAGAAGCCUUGUGGGCAAAAUUGAUUUACUUCGUGUGUGGGUUGAUUUAAACAAACCUGAUAUUGUCACACUCUUUGAAAAAUGGCUUAAUAGCCGUGUUUUGGACAGUGUGAUAAACCUAACCAAUUAUGUCUUUAUAGGUAUGAUAGGUGCUCCAGGGUUGGAGGUGUGGCUAUGUUUAUAUUGGUCUUAUAUUUGAGUUGAUUAUACCUUCAGACAGUUGACA